CCAUGGGGCGCGGGGCUCCCCUCGGACCCUGCCUGCUGCGGGCAGUGCUGCUGCUGCUCGCCCUCUGCCCCGCCGCUGGCAGCACCUGGAUGUGGCUGGGCAUCGCCGCCGCCGGCGGGCCGGAGAAGCCGGGCUGCGCCAGCCCUCCGCUGAGCCGCCGGCAGCUGGACCUGUGCGAGCAGAAGCCGGAGCUGGUGCCCGCCAUCCGGGAGGGAGCGCGUCUGGGCCUCCAGGAGUGCCGCAGCCAGUUCCGACACGAGCGCUGGGACUGCCGCUCGCCGCCCGCCUUCGACCAGCAGCUCAGCAGCGGCACGAAGGAGACCGCAUUCAUCUACGCGGUGACAUCAGCGGGACUGGUGCAUUCGGUGACGCGAUCGUGCAGCGCGGGGAAUGUGACCGAGUGCUCCUGCGACCUGAGCCUGAGGCACGGUGGCUCUGCCAGCGAGGGCUGGCACUGGGGCGGCUGCUCUGACGAUAUCCACUAUGGAAUGUCAUUCAGCAGAAAGUUCCUGGACGUGCCUCUGAAGAACAUAACGGGCAAGAGUGGGAGCGGACUGGUGCUGAUGAACCUGCACAACAAUGAGGCUGGGAGGCAGGCUGUAGCAAAGCUGAUGUCUGUGGAUUGUCGUUGUCAUGGUGUUUCUGGGUCCUGUGCUGUGAAAACUUGUUGGAAAACAAUGUCAUCCUUUGAAAAGAUUGGCCGGUUUUUAAAGGAUAAGUAUGAAAACAGCAUACAAAUAUCAGACAGAUUGAAAAAAAAGCUACGCAGGAAAGAGAAAAGCCAGAGAAAAGUACCAAUCGGGAAAGAGGACCUGCUCUAUGUGAACAAAUCACCCAAUUACUGUGUUGAAGAUCAAAAAUUGGGGAUCCCUGGGACUCAGGGAAGAGAAUGUAACCGCACCUCGCAGGGACCCGACGGCUGUAACCUGCUGUGCUGCGGGCGUGGGUACAACACCCAUGUUGUCAGGCACGUGGAAAGGUGCGAGUGCAAGUUUGUCUGGUGCUGCUACGUGCGCUGCAGGAGGUGUGAGACCAUGACCGAUGUACACACCUGCAAGUAAGAUGAAGUACAGGAAACACAGCCAAAACAUCCUGCCCGUCUGGUGACCAGCUACCACACAGGCAGCAAUUCCUAUUACUGUGUGGGAUUGCAGGGGGAUCAACCUUGGAAAGAAUGGGUACUGCCAAACAACAGGUACUCUAAGCAUGUGGCGACUGAAAUAAUGAGUGAGUGAACACCAGACUGCACUCAGGAACUGCUUAAACAGCAAAAAAGGAUUUCUGAUGACACAUUUGAACAUAUUACUCUUUGAGCAGGGACAGAUGCUAAACUUUUCAAGUCUUUAAGAUCCUCAACAUCCUGAAGAUUCGUGUGGUGGGUAGGUACAGUGGAGAAAACUCAAGAUCUCAUUAGCCAGAGACUGAAGAGUUAAGAAGGCUUGUAAGAUCCAUUAGAUAUAACCUUAUGUCUGUGUUUUUAAAAGUGGGACAAGAUGAAUCCACUAGAUGUUUCAUUUCUGCACUUCAGAAAAAAUCACAAGGGUAGGGGAGGUGUUCUGCUGUUGACCACUAAGUGUUUGCUGUGCAGCUGUUUGGAAAGCUGUCUUCUGUGUAAUAUGCAGAAAAGCAUCUGGUACUGAGAAACGUGCAUGACUGCAGAGAGCUCAGCACUGCCUGGUUGGGAGAGAAGGGUCUGUUGGUGUGGAGCAAGCUGUGCCCAGAGUAGAGAGGCGAGAGCACAGCUUGAUGAAUGUGAACAGUGUACCAAAUAGUAACCUCAGGAUUUUUUUACAGCUUGCCCUUCAAAUGCAUAAGGGACAGGUCUGAGGAAGGAUUAAAAUACAGUUUAAAAUUUGAAGGAAAUAAAAACCCUUGCAGGCAUUUACUCAAUAUCUGAGCACACAUUUUGUGAGUCAGCUGGUCAUCACCUCACUGUUGAACUCUAUGCAAUAACCUGCCAUGUUGAAUCAUCUCACUGGUGUUUUACAAUCAUAUUCAAAAUUAACCAUAUGAAACUCAGCCCAAAGAAAUCUGCCAAAAAGCAAAACAUUUUUUAAAACAUUUUCUUUAUAGAAGCAGCAUCUAAAAUUUUUCAUUAGGUUGCAUCCUCAUUAAAUUCAAUGCACAAUGUAAUUUAUGGAUUGGCUCACACCACUAAAAUAUUUAACUGUUAAUGAUAACAUUUUCUCCCCCUUCAUUUGUUGGCUUAAUUUUAUUUUACAUCUGUGAAAGGUUGUUUAUUUUCAUGCAAUGAUUUAAUGCCUAGCUUAAAAAGCAGUAUGUGAAAGGAUUACUGUUGUUUAAUUGUGAAAAUACUUAUUUUUGAUAAGACAAGAAAGUUUAUAUUUUGUAAAUAUUUAAAUUAUGCAAGUUAUGUAAAAGUUUUCUAAAACUAAUGCGAUAAGACUGCAGCCUUUGAUAUUUGUUGGUUAGAUAUUUGUGAAUAUUG